AUGGUGCUUGCCUACGGAGCUGUGAGGGGAACGGCACCUCAGUACCUCCAGGCUCUGAUCAGGCCCUACACCCAAACAAGGGCACUGCGUUCACCCACCUCUGGCCUGCUCGCCUCCCUACCACUGAGGAAGUACAGUUCCCGCGCAGCCCAGUCAAAACUGUUCGCUGCUCUGGCCCCCCAAUGGUGGAACAAACUCCCUCACGACGCCAGGACAGCGGAGUCAAUCACCACCUUCCGGAGACACCUGAAACCCCACCUCUUUCAGGAAUACCUAGGAUAGGAUAAAGUAAUCCUUCUCACCCCCCCUUAAAAGAUUUAGAUGCACUAUUGUAAAGUGGCUGUUCCACUGGAUGUCUUAAGGUGAACGCACCAAUUUGUAAGUCGCUCUGGAUAAGAGCGUCUGCUAAAUGACUUAAAUGUAAAUGUAAAUGUUCAGUUCCUAUCAGUAAGAAGGCAUUUUUAUUUUUCAGUUACCAAUGAAUAAACCUCUUCAACCUAUGGGGGCGCUAAUGUCAUUAUUGGAUAAAAAAACGUGCCCGUUUUAAGCGCAAUGUUUUGUCACGAAAAGAUGCUCGACUAUGCAUAUAAUUGCCAGUGUUGGAAAGAAAACACUCUGAUGUUUUCAAAACUGCAAAGAUAUUAUCUGUGAGUACCCCAGAACUGAUCUUACAGGCGAAACCAAAAUGAAACUUCAAACAGGAAAUGAACAGGAUUUUUGACGCUGUGUUUUACUAACGUCUCCUUAUAUGGCUGUGAAUAUGCUGUGAACGAGCUUAUGCGCUCUGCCGUUCAUCCAAGAUGUCUGCAGCAUUGUGACGUAUUUGUAGGCAUAUCAUUGGAAGAUUGGCCAUAAGAGACUACAUUUGCCAGGGGGCCGUCCGGUGUCCUUUGUCUAAAUUGGUGCGUAAUUCCCAGUAACACUCAUUUUGCCAUGGGAUACAGACAGAGAAGCACACUUCCAGGAACGAUACCACAUUGAAGAGAUAUGUAGAAAAACACCUUGAGGAUUGAUUCUAAACAACGUUUGCCAUGUUUCAGUCGAUAUUAUGGAGUUAUUAUGGAAAAAGUUUGGCGUUUUUAUAACUGAAUUUUCGUUUUUUUUUGGUAGCCAAACAUGACGCAGAAAACGGACCGAUUUCUCCUGCACAAAUAAUCUUUCAGGAAAACUGAACAUUUGCUACCUAACUGAGAGUCUCCUCAUUGAAAACAUCCGAAGUUCUUCAAAGGUAAAUGAUUUAUUGAAUGUUUUUGCUGGUUUUUGUGAAAAUGUUGCCUGGUGAUGCUAACGCUAAAUGCUAAUGCUAAAUGCUAACGCUAAAUGCUAGUUUUGCUAUGGUAGAGAAGCAUAUUUUUGAAAAUCUGAGAUGACAGUGUUGUUAACAAAAGGCUAAGCAUGAGAGCUAGCAUAUUGAUUUCAUUUCAUUUGCGAUUUUCAUGAAUAGUUAACGUUGCGUUAUGGUAAUGGGCUUGAGGCUGUAGUCAUGAUCCCGGAUCCGGGUUGGCUCGACGCAAGAAGUUAAGAGAAAGAGGGGAGGAGGAAAGAGGAAUGUGGAACACUCAAGCACUUUCAAGAUCCUGUUAGUUUUAUCUUGUAACAAUCAUAUGAAUAGAUUGUUGAAUAGAUUGCUCCGAAUGGUAUGCCAACACAUAAAUAAGUGUAAACAUGAUGCUGAGAUAUUACAGCCUUUUCUUCCAGUUCUUUGGGUUGCUGUCAGACUCGGAGAAUGAAGAACCUGUUGGGAAGAGAACCAGAAAUGUGUCUGCAUUUGUUAGAAGAACAAAGACCUCGGCAGACUUCACAAGAGAUGGUCUACAGACGAAUGUGGUGCAGAGAAGCCAGAGCUGUACUGAUACAGAGGAGGGAAGGCGAAAAAUGAGGGUGUCUACUCAUCUUCCUGGACUGGACAAGGCAAGUAUUUCUCUCAGCAACAAUGCAGGAAUCCUUCUGUCCUCUGAGAACAGCCAAUCUCUUUCGGCACCCAUAAUUAUCCAAGACAAGAGGCAUAGCUGGCGAGGCGUCAUCAUGGCUUCAUCAACACCUUUUAUGGUCCCCCAGUCGAAACAGGAGAGGUCCAUUAGCCCUGAGAGCAAUGACAGUAUCUCUGAGGAGCUGAAUCACUUCAAGCCAAUAGUGUGUUCGCCGUGCACCCCACCAAAGCGGCUACCAGACGGGCGAGUGAUGGAACCCACAAUUGUGAAGUCUACCCCACGGAACUUAUUCCGCAGCCUGGAGAGGCCCACCAGCUAUGAAGCCAGCCCUACUAUCCUCCAGGAAUGGAAGCAGAUAGAGGUGGACCGUCAGUCUGUCAAAGUGACCUCAAAGGGCACCUUGACCAGCCCCAUAAACGUGGACCUUGUUUUCAAAUCAAGCCCCAUAGAGAAGGAUGGCAAGCCCUCUAGCAGCAAAUAAGGAAAAAGAACACUUGGGUAGGUGUGCCAAUACUGAUUCCUCUGGGCAAGAGAAUGAAAUAACUUGUAUACAUAAUAAACAAAGA